AUGGCAAGAGAGCAGGAGCAAUUUUCAGCAGAGAUUGAAAACCGGGGCUCUGAGAAUUUCGGUCCCAAUGGUGGAUCUUUCUUUGUGUCUGUAAAGGUACGGCAACACUUGCCGGAUUUUCUUGGUUCAGUUAAUCUGAAAUAUGUGAAGCUUGGUUAUAGUUAUCUCAUCAGCCAUAGGCUCUACUUCUUGAUUGUACCGGUUCUCAUAGUGCUCUGCAGUGCUGAAAUAGGAAAGCUGAAAGAUCUCUUUCCAAAUCCAAAAUGUGAACUUACAGAUGCUCUCUUUAUAUUGGGAUUAUUGGGAUUCAUUCUAUAUAUUUUUCUUGACUUGGCACCUCGCUCUACUUAUUUAGUUGAUUUUGCUUGUUAUCGUCCACCAGAUGAACUAAAGAUCUCAAAGGAGGAAUUCAUUGAAUUAGCAAGAAAUUCAGGCAACUUCAAUGAUGCUGCCAUAGAUUUUCAUAAACGAGUUCUCAAGAGUUCUGGCAUAGGCCAAGAGACGUACAUGCCCCGAGUAGUGUUUCGCCCUGAUUACACAAUAAGUCUAAAAGAUGGAAGAGAAGAGGCAGCUAUGGUGAUGUUUGGGGCCAUAAAUGACCUUUUCAGAGCCACCAAAAUCCGGCCAAAGGACAUUAGAAUCCUAGUGGUGAACUGUGGAGUUCUGAAUACCACUCCAUCGCUGUCAUCAAUGGUAAUAAACCAUUUUAAGCUGAGGCCUAACAUUCAGAGCUUCAACCUCGGUGGAAUGGGUUGUGCUGCAGGAAUCAUAGCCAUUGAUCUGGCAAAAGACCUUUUGAAUGCUUAUCCUGGCACAUAUGCACUGGUAGUGAGCACCGAGGCCGUGUGCUACACAUGGUACAAAGGCAACGACUUGGACAUGCUGCUUUCUAAUUGCUUCUUUCGGAUGGGGGCUGCAGCCAUGUUGCUCUCUAGCUCCCGUCUCGACAGGUGGCGUGCCAAGUAUGAACUCAAGCAGCUGGUUCGAACUCACAAAGGCAUGGAUGAGAGAAGCUUCGAAAGCAUACAUUUAAAGGAAGAUGCAAAAGGAACACAAGGCGUGUCAGUGAGCAAAGAUGUGGUUGAGGUUGGUGGGCAUGCACUCAAGGCCAACAUCACCACCCUUGGCCCCCUAGUUCUCCCCGUCUCCGAACAAUUCCAUUUCCUCACCAAUUUGCUCUUCAGGAAGAAGAAAACUAAUUACAAGCCAUACAUCCCUGACUAUAAGCUCGCCUUCGAGCAUGUGUGUGUAUUAGCAACAAGCAACAAGGUGCUCGAUGAAAUACAGAAGAACCUGGAGCUUACAGAGGAGUACAUGGAGGCAUCCAGGAAAACCUUGGAGCGAUUUGGAAACACUUCAAGUAGUAGCGUUUGGUAUGAACUCGCUUAUUUAGAGGCAACUUCCAAGAUCAAGAGGGGUGAUCGGGUUUGGCAACUAGCUUUCGGCUCAGGGUUCAAGUGUAACAGCGUCGUUUGGAAAGCUCUUAACAAUGUUGGGAGGCCUAAGCAGAAUCCAUGGCUUGAUGAGGACAAAGAUGAGUGUUUGUAG